UUUUUUUUUUUGUUAUAAUUGUUGUGAUGUUUCCCGAAUUUACAUACUUUUUUACGCUGAAUACUUGAUAUAAUUAGAUUUUAUUUGUCUUCAUUAUUUGUUUAAUUAUUUUACUAAUUGCCAAGAAAAGAUUACAAAAUAAGAGUUAAAGAAUAAUCAUCACGGCUAUAAUUUUGUAAAAAAAAUUCUAUAAAGGAUAACAAUUUUAAUUUGCACUACAAGUAUUGAAAAAAUGCUUGGGUUACUUAAAAUAUGUGAUUGAAUUUUUUUUGGGAAACAACAAAUGUGAAAAUUGGAUAGCCAUUGUUAAUUGUAUUUAUGUUCGAGUAGGUGAAUUGGAGAGAAGCGUCUGGUGUGUUAUGCGAUAAGAGACAUUUUGACAGUCAACAGCAUAUCAGUUUCUAUACUUAAUGAUGCAACUCCUUCUGUAAAGCUUACAUUGCGAUCACAGAGUCGAUUUACUGACAAAUGUGUAUUAUGAAAUGAAAAUAUUUCUAAAUAAAUUUACUUUUUUAACAGUUUAGCAAAUAUCAAAACCAUUUGAACAAUCAUAAUAUUUUUCAAAAUUUGCUUAAAAAUAAAAUUUGAAGCUUAAAUAAAAAUAAUUGAUUUUUUUUCUUUUAAAAAUAUAUUUAAAUAUGACAGUCUUGCUUUAUAUUAUAAAUUAGAAAAAAUAAUAUCCGAGUAACUCUAAAUAGUGGAAUUGUAAACUUCUAUUACUUUCACUAACUACAGUGAUAACUAUUAAUUAUAAAGAAAAAAAAAUGAAUUCAAAUUAUAUUCCACGAUUUAUAUUUCUGGUUUGUUUGAUAGCAUUAGCAAAAACUAACGAAGAACAAGAUGCAGCAUUGGUAAAAUCGAAAACUAAUUUUUACAAAGCAACAAGUAAAUUAUUAGAUUGUCUAGGUCAAUGGGGUAUGAAAGCAAAUUUAACUGAGGGAUUUGGUUCAUUAAAAAAUAGUGUUGCUUUAUAUUUUCUCGAGCUGAGAGUUUUAUUUGUUAUCAAGAAGAGAACCGAAAAAGACAUAGAUGAUAAAAUUGCAAAAUUUGUUUGCUCAAAGUCGGAAAAAAUUUAUAGAGGUUGGGGAUGGACGUUAGAUUUUUGUCAUGAAAAAGUAGCUACAUGUGGAGAAUUAUAUCGAACGGGAUUAUUUGAAGAAAUUAAAAAAAAAAAAGGGAUAAAUUUUUCAAGUUUCAAAAAAUUUUUGCCACUAUCAAAAAGUUCAAAAAAAUCUAAAAAAUCUGACAAAUCUGACAAAUCCAGCAAAUCACCAAUAGAAACUGAAGAAGCAUCGUCAUCAGAAUAAAAGAAAGAUAACGGUUAUUAGAAUAAUUUUCGUAGAUUAAAAAUUUCUGUUUAAAUGAAAAUUAUUCAACACAAUAGAGUUGCUGGUAUAUUUUUGUUGAUAUAUAUAUGUACAAUUAAAUAAAAAAAAAUUACAAUAUUUAUAUAUCUUUAAUAAAAUUAUUAUGCGCGUGAAAGCAAUAAAAAUUUUAAUAACAUAGAAUUUAAUGAAUUUACAUUACGAAAAAAUAAAGUUCCAAUAUACACUUUUAA